AUGAUGAAAUCAUCACUAGCAGUAGUUCUUUUUGGAUUUUUCAUCUCUGUAUUAUGGUAAGUGCUAACAUAGCUGCUACAUUUAAAAACUAAAGGUACCCGAAUAUAUCUGCUCUACUUUUCUUCUUUUUUUAUCUCUCCCACCGUAGGUCUGGAAGUAGCUCCGCUCCUAAGACGUCCCUCGAAUACAACUGGGAACACGAGAGAUUUACGGAUCAUUCUAUUAAGAUCCGGCGAAACGUGUUUAAAAGGGAAUCAGGUAAUUUUUAAAACCCGUGUAAGAGGGUUCCGAGUAAGGGGGGAUGUCCUACACACAUUUCACAGACAUAACGAGAAAUAACGCAUCGUGGUGAUUAAAAUUCUGUGUUCACGUUUCACGGUACAACGUUUGACUGCAAAGUGAGAGGGCCACACAAAUACUUCAUAGGGUCUGAAAAAUAACUAAGAAAUGAAAGUUAUUCCUUUACCUUGUAAACGGCUAGAUCUUCGCGUGGCUUGGAUGACCACGUUACAAAAUGGCAGUCCCGUCUGCGGUUGGAGACGUAAAAAUAAUGUCCCCAAUUAAUACUUCCUUGGUAAAUACUUUGGACCGGUUAUUUAAACUAAGUUUAGACAGCGUUUAUGAAAGUCAUCGUCUAACCCAGGUUUAAACCAUGAAAACUGAUUAUUUAAACGCUGUUCUUCCAUAACCUUGUUUAUACCGUGUCUAAGCACCGACUUAGGAACAAUAGAAAGUUAAACCUGCUCACAGGUAGGUUUAAACCUUGUUUAACGUAACGGUUUUUUUCAUGGCCAUCCAUUUUGAAAUGACCUAAAAUCGGACGGACUACUGCGCAACAGAGAGUUAAGAGAAAGAGACUACUCCAAUCGACGUAGUAUGCAUGUUCAUCAAAUUCCGCACCAUAGGGACGGAUUUUACCCUUUAGAGGAAUAUGAUGACGAAGAUUUUCGAUUGCGCUUCGCCCUAGAAAGGACUUAGUCAUUGACCUCUUAAAAAUUUUCGAUAAAGAUCUUUCAACAAGGAGACCGAGAGGUCUGCCGCUUACACCGUUGCUGCAUUAAGUUUUUAUUGCUUUGAUAUUUUAUACAACAGGGGUAAACUUUCGAGCAGGUUUUGGCGAUAUAUUUGGUGUUUCUGCAUUUCCUGCAUUCACAAGGUUUCAUGGGCUAUCGCGAAACGAAAUAAACGUUCCCUGAGAACUUCACAUAUAUCAAGCGGUACUUCUGACUAUCCUUUUUUGUCCUUUUACCUGAAAUUUGCCUCCUUCCUGCGAUUAACUAAGAGCCUUUCCUCCACUAGUUUUUCUUGCUUCGCGACUUUUUAAAAUCAUGUUCUUUCUUGGAUCGGAGUUUCAGCCGCCUCCAGCAUCCUUAGAUCUGAUUCAUUUCUCGUUCGAUACCGUUUGGAUUUUGAAAGUUGAAUUUUUGCAACGUUUUAUUGUCGUAUCCUUUAUUUUUUGCUUCUGGAAAUACUCUUCCCAGUGCCGCCAUUAAAGUUUUUUCUUCUUUGCUAAAAUUGGUUGUUCGACCGGAUGUAGAGACCAUGUUGAGUCACAACUUCCAACUGGGAAUUAAUAACCCCUACAGACAAUGCAUUUCCUUUUGAGACAUUGUUUAGCCAUUGACUGGAAAAAACAGGGCUCAGUCACGUUUUAAUAAGGCAUUUCAAACAUGGUUUAACCGUUGUUUAUCGAGACAACGUCUAAACCGCAGCAUAGCCUUAAACACCGGUUAACUCUUAGACUUCGUUUAAAUAAUCGGCCCAUUGACACUCAAAUAAAGUGCAUUUUUUAUAAGAGGAGGAUUAGUGGAUUCCGAAUUCCAGGUACUGGAUUCCAGAUUACUUGUCAGUGGAACUUGGAUUGUGGAUUCCAAAGCCUAGCGACUCCGGAUUCCACGGGCAAAAAUUCUCAGAUUCGCAGUCCUGAUAACCCUACAUGGAGCGAAUGAAAGAACGCUUAUUGAGUGUUUCCUAAAUACAAGUUUGUCUCUCUUAGAUCCUGACUACCUGGCCAUCACAGAUGACGGGCCUGCUGGAAUGACCAACGUGAAGAAACCUGGAGGAACCUUAAGCAGAGCUAUCGGAGAUGGAAAAACUGACGAUUCCUCUGCCAUUGAGGCCAUCAUCAACCAAAAAGCAGGAUCCACGAUUAACAAGGUUUUCUUUCCUCCUGGCGAAUACCUGGUGGGCAGUAACAUCAUCAUCAGACACUCAGUGGAACUUCAUGGAACAAAACUUGGUAUUGCCGUUAUAAAAGCGCCAAGAAAUCGUAGCAUGAAGAUAUAUAUCGAUGCUACCUCGGUGAAAUCGGUUGCACUAAAUAAUUUGUAUCUUGACGGAGUUCUUGUAGAAUUCAAUGGCCGCCAAAAAACGAAUGAUGUUAAAUUGUUUAACUGCCUGUUCUUUUCAGUCUUUUCAAGACUAAGUCCAAAACCAGCCAACCCGCAGCUGAAGAUGAAAGAACUGUCAAAUGCUGAUGUGAACAGGUGCAUAUUUCUAAAAGACUCAGAGGCAUUUGGAGUAGCCACCCAAUUCACCAGAACAUCUAAUGUGACAGUACACUACAAUGUCUUUGGCCUUGAUUUGAGUAAGAUAAAUUGGUUGUCCACUGAGCUUAAACCAGCAAAGCACUGGCAAGAUCAAACAGAGAAAUUAAGAUUCCUUAAGACUCGCUACAAUCUUACUUCUGACCAAGGCUUCUUCAAAAGUUGUCUUUAUGACGAGUGUGAUAAGGAAAUGAAAAUACGGAAAAACGUUUUCAACGGAAGUCCCAAUACUGGCGCACGGAAAAAAGACCACGUGGUGUACUUGAAAGGGUUUAAUGGCAUGAUAUUUGAACAGAACUAUGCAAGAGGCUGGUCGGCGGAUCCUACGGGCGGCAUCAAAGCUCGAAAUGGGAAAAGUAUCACCAUUGCUUGCAAUUAUAUCGACGACACGGGCAUUCUGUUGUAUUCUCACAAGAAAACGAAGGACUGCCUUCAUGAUGGUCUUAAAGACGUAGUCGUCUAUGGAAAUCAUAUCAUACAGCGAAGCAAUCCAGGCCAUCGUUGUAGUGGUAUAAGUUAUUACGAACCCCAUUUUACUGGAAGAGACGAGAACAUAACGUACUUGGGUAAUACAUUUGAGAUUAUUAAUCGCAGUGACCCCACAAAUUAUAGAUGCAUCUGGCUAACCAAUGGUGAUGUCACUCACCAUCACGUCUACGAAGACAACGUGUACUAUAAUACCACUACAAAAGUCAAACUGGAAGCGCGCAAAGGUACUCCACGGUAUGAAAAAGAAAACAUUGCAUUUGGUACUGCUGUUCGAAACACGUACAAUUUUCCACCUUACAAACUGAACAUUCCAACCUAUUAG